AUGAAGACAUGGUUGAGGAAGGUAUCAAGGCUAAAAAGGAAAGACAUAGCUAUUAAAGACAAGGAACUUCUAGUGCAAGAACUAACGGAAGCCAGAAAGGAAAUCAAAGAGUUGAAAGAAGAAAUAGCUGAGCUGGAAGCUUUGAAGAAACUUGAUGUAACCUCUGAUAUAGCCUACUUUACAGAGGCCAAAGUAAAAAGAAAAAACAUGCUGAAAAAGGUUUGUUCUAAUGUUAAUAAAUUUGAAUCUGGUUCUAAUCAUUUGCAUAACAUACUUGAUAUGCAAAGGACGAGUAAGGAGACGUUUGGACUUGGAUACGAAAUAGGUGAAAGUUCACAAAUGGGUGCACAAAACAAAACCCCAAAAUUUGUGAAGUUUGUUUCUUCCACCUUUAGGACUUUGGAGCAGGAAAAUCACAAGUGCAAUAUGCCAAACGUGGUGAAUGCUAAAAAUGGGAGAGCACCUCCUCCGUUAAGGUAUGAAAAUUCUUAUUGGUUUGGCCACACGGCUCAACCAUUCCAUCCUCAAUCUUUCUACAGGAGGCAAAUUUCACAAAGGUUUGACCAAGGUAGGUUUAUUCCCAUUUGUCAUUAUUGUGGAAUCAAGGGACACAUUCAUCCACACUGUCAUAAAUUGUAUGAAAUACCUAUGUCAUACACGUCUAGAAGGACUAAUGAUGUGCAAAUGCAGAAGGAAAAUUUCUUUAACAGGUUUCAACCGUUGGCUGAAGAUGUAACUCAAGACAGGUUACCUGAAAGGUUACCCAGAAAGCUACCUGGAGCAAAACAGCCUACACAAGCAUCUCAAGCUAAUAAACAAUGGGUCAAGAGUUCAGAAUCAAGGUGCAUGUUUGUCCAGACAGCGUUAGCUGCAUUCAAAACUAAUUCCUGGUACCUGGACAGUGGCUGUUCACAACACAUGAGCAGUAACAAAUCAUUUUUCACAUCUUUUGAAUCUUUCGAUAGUGGAAAGGUAACUUUUGGUGAUGGCAGUCAAGCUGAAAUAAAAGAUAGGUUAUGGCAUGAAAGACUUGGGCACUUCAACUAUCAAGACUUGAAGAAACUGUCAAAUAAGGAAGUGGUACGAGGACUACCAAGGAUUCGCUCAAUAAAAGGUGUGUGUGGUCCAUGCCAACAAGGUAAGCAAACCAAGGUACCACACAAGAAGGUAAGUAGUGUAAACUCUUCAAGACCUUUUAAAAUACUUCAUAUGGACCUUAUGGGACUUACCCAAGUUGAAAGUCUUGGAGGUAAGAAGUAUAUUCUUGUUGUGGUAGAUGACUUUUCAAGAUAUUCAUGGGUAAGGUUCUUGCGUGACAAAACUGAAACAUUUGAAGCCUUCUAUGAUCUGUAUCUACUAUUGGAAAAUGAAAAGAAAUAUGAUGGUUUUAAUUUGACUAAAAUUAGGACAGAUCAUGGAACUAAGUUUGAAAAUGCUAAAUUUGAUGCUUUUUACAGAAGUUUUGGAAUCAAACACGAGUUCUCUGGCCCAAAGACUCCUCAGCAAAAUGGUGUUGUGGAGAGGAAGAAUCGGGUGCUUCAAGAAAUGGAAAGAACUAUGAUGCACGCAAAGAAUGUUGCACAAAGGUUUUGGGCUGAAGCAGUAAACACUUCAUGCUAUAUGUCAAAUCGAGUUCAUAUGAGAUCUGGAACAAAACUCACGUGUUAUGAACUCUGGGUAGGAAAGAAGCCCACGGUGAAACACUUCAAAGUAUAUGGAAGUAAGUGUUUUAUCCUUCGAGAUAGGGAAAGCAUUGGUAAGUUUGACAUUAGAAGUGACGAAGGUAUUUUCAUGGGAUAUUUCUUAAAUAGUCGAGCUUAUCGUGUUCUCAAUACCAAAACCAAAACGAUGAUGGAAUCUACAAAUGUUAUUAUACAUGAUGAUGUGUUUGAAAGUGAUGCUACCUCUCCACAAGCAGAACCUGUUGUAACCACUGAAGUAACCUUAGAAAAACCUACAUCAAUACAAGCAGUGAAGCAGUCUACCUCAAAUGUUCUUGAGACUUCUAAAAGAGUAAAGAAGAACCAUCCACAAGAUCUUAUUCUUGGAGAAAUAACCGCCCCCAUGAAGACAAGAAGGCAACUUCAAAAUGAGGAUGCCUUAAAUGAUGAGUCAUGGGUGGAUGCAAUGCAUGAAGAGCUAAAUCAAUUUACACGCAAUGAUGUUUGGACUUUAGUUCCUAAACCUGAAAAUUCCAUAAUCACUGGGACAAAUGGAUUUUCAAGAAUAAAACUGAUGAACAUGAUGGACGUAAAAAGUGCAUUCUUGAAUGGAUUAUUAAACGAAGAAGUAUAUGUUAAGCAACCUCAAGGUUUUGAGGAUCCAAUUCAUCCAUCACAUGUGUAUAAGCUUAAUCGUGCCUUGUAUCGUUUGAAACAAGUCCCUAGGGCUUGGUAUGAAAGACUCACAAAUUUUCUCUUGAGUACAGGAUUUUCAAGAGGAACAGCUGACAAGACACUCUUUGUAAAGAAAGAUCACAAACAUAUUUUGGUUGCUCAAAUAUAUGUCGAUGAUAUUGUGUUUGGAUCCACUUCUGUUUCUUUGUCACAAGAGUUUGGUGAGUUAAUGAAAUCCGAAUUUGAGAUGAGUAUGAUGGGUGAAUUAACCUAUUUUCUAGGUUUUCAGGUGAAGCAAUCCCAAGAAGGGAUAUUCAUUUCUCAAACCAAGUAUGCAAGUAACUUGGUGAAGAAAUUCAAUGUAGCUUUGAGCAAACCAGCUCAAACUCCUACGAGCCCAAGCACUAAGUUAAGCAAGGAUACAAUAGGAAAGUCUGUGGACCAGACUUUGUAUAGAAGUAUCAUAGGAAGCUUACUUUACUUGACUGCAAGUAGGCCUGGCAUUGCAUUUAGUGUUUGUGUGUGUGCUAGGUACCAAGCCGAUCCCAAGGAAUCUCACCUUUCAACAGUGAAAGGGAUCUUGCAGUACAUCAAUGGUACACUAGACUUCGGAAUUUUCUAUUCAAAGGAUACUAAUGCGUCAUUGGCAGGUUACUCGGAUGCUGACUAG